AUGGCUAGCGCAUCAUGGCUCAAUCCACAGAGCCGAGCGAUUGGACUUGGCCAGGCUGUCUCGGAAUUUGCUUCAGAUCUCUCCGAGGAACAGAAACGUUCAUUUAGAGCACAGAAAGAGAAUUUCUCGUCUCCUAAGGACACUGACGUCAUCACAGCUAUCGUUGAAAUCCAUGAGGUUGCAGCACGGAAUCAGGCAAGCAAUGUACGGCGGUAUGUACCGCGCAUGAUCAAUUUCUUGAAAGCUGUACAGGAGUUCGCUUCACUUCAAGAUGAUACGCCUGACAAAUUUCUGUCAUGGCGAACUGGCAGUGUCUGGCUGCUUGUACGCCUAACGUUUACGAGACUUGCUCUGACACCUUGUUGGCUCGAAGCCAUAUUGGAAUUAUUUAUGGGGUCCUGUGGCUCAUCACCUUUUGAUGUGAGAAUAGGUUUCCUUAACUCACACCCCGAGGAACUUCGAUGGAGCCUUUAUGAUUACUACUCCAAGGUCAUCCGCAUAUGCCACUACUUGUUCCUUUUACAGCCAAGGCGUGGCUAUCCAGAAACGAUAUCCUUCUCUGCGGACUCUACACUGAAGCAUUAUAAGUCGGCUCUCGAGAGAUGCACAAUUUCAAUCAACCAGAGACUGGCGAUCCUCAAACGACAACAUCACUACAGUGACCCCACGUAUAAUGGUAGCUAUGCGAGAGACCCAACGAAUUCCACCAAACGAGAGCUAGAUUUGGAGAAGCACGUCGAGUAUCUUCAAACACUUGAAAUACAGCUAAAGCAUGACUACGGGGCCACAUGGAAAAGUAUAAGAAUGAUUGGAAGUACUUCUCUGUUUGUCUUUGAGCCUAGCUACGAACGCUUCAUUGACUGUAGUAGCUCUUCUACACUGCUCUACUCAGGCAAUGCAGGAGCAGGAAAGUCAGUCAUACUUGCCAAUAUGGUCGAUGAUUUGGAUCGGAGACAGCUUGAAACCCCUCAAAUUGUCUUUUUCUUUUGCAUACAGGAUGAAGUUAAUUCCCUACAGGCUCUAGUUAUUCUUGGCGCCAUAUAUCACCAAGUACUAAAACGCUUAUUGCUCACAUCACGUGCCUCACACGUGUCAAAAGGUCUCGGAGUCUUGUCCACCAUUCUGGAUAAUACUGUGGAUGUAGCAUCCGACUUACGGAUUGCUCUAGAAGCAGCCGGCAUGACAUAUUUAGUCCUUGAUGGCCUUGAUAAGUGUCAAGAGUCAGAGCGAGCCAAGGUGAUUGAGGUACUGCAACGCCUUCAAACCCAAUGCUCUCUAUCAAUAUGUCUCUCAACAAGACCAGGAGUCCUGACUGGCAUUGGAUGGACCAACCUUCACUCUAUCGAUAUUCCGACUGACAACCCCGAUGUCUCAUCUUAUAUUGACUCGGAAACAUCACGACUUCUGAACCAUGGGGAGUUGACGAUCGCAGACCCUACUCUGGAGCUUCAAAUUAGAUCUGCGUUGACCACAGCUGCAAAGGGGAACUUUCUACGGGCUAAGAGAAGUAUGCAAUUGCUAUGUGCACAUAAAACGGAUUCCGAUAUAGUUCGACUCCUGGCCGACUUUCGAGAAGACUUCAAUGAUAGCGAUACUGAGGCUAUGCAAAGCAAAUCACCAACAGCCCCUGCGCCAAUUGCGCCUUCAGGUUUUACGGACUCGGCAUAUGCAUCUGCAUCAUUGAUUGAUAACAACAAGAACACGAAUGAUGGCCAAGCUGUUGAUGAGUCGUUACAAGGCCUAGAUGACCCUACCAUUGACGACUCUGCCACUAUAUACUCCGAUGUCUCAAGAACCACGUUCUACAAAGAGCAGCUGUACAUACAGGAGCUGGCUAAAGACCUGUACAAUAAAAUCAGCUUUCAGGCUGUUGAUUUGGGUCAAGAUCAUCGAGUUGAUAUAUCCGCUACACUACCACGCCUGCUCAAGGCCUUCGCUUUGAAGAUUGGGUACUGUGCAACUACUCAGAUGCAUCGGGAUGUGAUGGCUUUUGUUCAUAGGCACAGAAGUGAGAUUACCGAAGCAUUUCUAGACAUAUAUCUUAGCCAGAGAGAAAUGGAGCCUAGGGAGAUCGCUUGCCCUACCCCUGUUGAGGUUGAGCCAAUGGACGUCUACCCUGGCCAGAUGGAGAUUGAGCGGACAGAAAUCCAAGAUGACCAUCGCUCUAUGAGUUUGAAUGAGCGUAUGGCUCUCUGGGAACAAAGUGAAGAUUGGGAGCAACCUUCAAUUGUAGAGGGCCUGGACAACCUUGAGUUAGUGGAGGCGGAGGAGGAGGAUGAGUACGAAGAGGCUGACAUCUGGGUUGCAGCGUACCGAGACUUUGCACCUGGUACCGAAGCUUACUCCUGGUUAAUGACCCAACUCCAAAGGAAUAUGGAUUCUGUUCUGGAAGAACCAACGGCCAUUCAACUAAUCCGGGAUCAAGUAUUAUCUUCAGUCCCAUCCCCUCAUAUGAUCAGCAGAAGCGUAUCUUCUGAAAGUUGCAGCGUGUUAUUCGACCUGGACUGGGAUAUUAUUGAGUUCUUUGACUCGCAGGAGUUCUCCAAGUCACCGGACGAAGUACUUUUAGCAGUGAUUACUCUGACUGGAUCUCCUUCUGACGCACAAGCCUCAAACUGUACUCAAUUCCUAAAGCAGACCUGGCCUACUACAGGGGACAUGAUCCUACGGCUUAUACGCGGCUUACUGCGACUGGAAGGGGGACAUACACAUGAGUACCACUUGCCAGAUCAUACAAGACUAACCGCCUGGAUAAACGGGUCAAAGGUCAUGGUGCAGGCAAAUGGGUCCGCGGCUUCUAUCUCAGAGACUGGAGAGCAGCUUGCCUGGCUAGGAGCUGCUCUGAGAAGCUCGCCAUAUCCAAACGGGCUGAGCUACUGCACUCCCUCUAUCAGGUCCAUGCAUCAGGAUCCGGAAAUGCCACAAGCUGUCGUCUGCGUAAUCGGUUUCGAGCUGGAGCAGCUCCUGGAACCACCAGAUAAUUCUAACGGCCAUUGCUGGCAUGGAAUAUUUAAGAACCCGACACUAGUGAAGGGGUUUCCUAUUCUGCCGAAAGUGGAGAGGAAUACUGGUCUGGAAAUACCUCUUAACAUCAUGGCCGGACUAGCUCGAGCUGACCGCGUUGAUCAAUUCAACGGCAAGGUAUACAUAAAGGGCUUCUCGACAAUGCUAGUGCCCACAAAACAGUCCAAAGAGGUGGUUUAUUGGCACUUGAUCUAUAACGAAGAUGGAAGUCGCAUAUCCUAUCUCGAUGAUAAUCUGAACCGCGACGUCCUUGCUGGGACCCCAGAUCUGACAGCUCACCGCCACGUUCUUGGAUGGUGUUCUGAGGCCAGGUUCUAUUCCGGAUCGUCUCAAGCUCAGUACCAUGUUAGACAUUCAGAGCUACCUAAGCUACACUCCGGAUGUGCUCUUGCUGGCACCGUGAUCACUUUGGGACGUAUGAUCACAGGAGGUCACAGCUUCGAACUCGGUAUCAAGGACACACCAAUACAUGUCGCUCGCAAUGGCUAUAUCCCUCGACUCAAAUGGAUUUCUUCAAAAUUCUUUCUCCUCUGGGACGAGGCCGACAAACGCGGCUGGCUUACCAACGGCACCAGCGUUCUGUUACAUGUUGUUAGAGCCUCUCUAGCAUAUGACAGCACUGAUAAAUUCCAAUCGGCCUUUCUUUUCAAAGCAGGCGACCUACAAGAGUCAACGAAGCCCUUCACUUCUGAUUCCGCAAUUGAUGUACUUAUCAAUUCCAAAAACUUGGCUCUCAAGCUUUACCCAGAAAAGAAUGGCUUUAUUACUUUGAGAGACAGAGUCGAUCAAUACUACAACCUGCUUGAGAAGAUGCUUGAUCACCAGGCAUAUAUUACCAGUCGACAUACCGGGAGCCUAGAGGGAAUGCCUCGAAAGAAUCUUGAAGGUUGGGACUUUGAAGAUCUCAGCGCGAAUCGUGAUCCGUUGCAUCCGCGAUUAGUUACUCUUGAGCCUGCUGGCAAGGGAUGGGUUGACUUGACGAGGGAUCUGCAGGCUGUAACCCUGGCAGGAAGUGGCUUUGGGGAACUUAUACGACCAGCUGGACCAGCCCUUUGUGACUACUGGUCUCAACUACCGAGACACCGAUACCUGCUUGCAUGCUCCAUUUCGGAUAUGGAGGAUGUCGUUAGAGACCAUCGCAGUUCUGAAUCCGAUCAUACUCGGCUGAGUGAUAAUCUUAUAUGGCAUAAUGCGGUUGACAUCUCAGGGAAAUGUCAGUGUGGCGAUGAUGCGCGACAUCAUGGAGAACCAGUCCAUGUGGCAUUUCCGUCGGCACUAUCUCACAAAUUGUUUCCGAACAAAAGCCCCAUCAAACUCAGCGGUGCAGCUGUUUUUGGGCAUAAUCCAGGCUUCUCUUGGACGUGGGGCGAUACCGGUCCUCCUACGCAACAACAAUCAAAACAAGAGAUUGGCGUGAGAUAUGUGUUAGACAAGGCAGAUAAGGACAGCGGAAUUGGUGAAAGCUUAGGGGCAUCCUCAUCUGAGAGUCAUGCCUCGCCAAUACCGAGCUCGAGUAUAUCACGUGCACCAUUGUCACUGAGGAAGUCAAACACAGCGCCGCCGAGCGUAAGAAAUAUCUAUUCCCGAAACGAAUACACUGUUGGAAUCCUUUGCGCGUUAGCGGUCGAGCUGAAGGCAGUACGGGCUCUGUUUGACCAGAGACACCAGCAUCUCCCGAGCGUAAUCGGCGACAACAAUCAGUAUGCACUUGGGGAAAUGGCUCGACAUAUGGUAGUAGCAACAUCACUUCCAGCUGGAGAAUACGGAACAAACGCAGCCGCAUCAGCAGUGUCUGAUAUGAUGCGCAGCUUCACGUCUAUACAGUUCUGUCUACUUGUUGGCAUUGCUGGCGGCGCGCCCUCUGAGGAUAAUGAUAUCCGACUCGGCGACGUGGUAGUAAGCUUGCCUACCCAGACUUACCCAGGUGUCAUUCAGUAUGAUCUCGGUAAGGAGAAUGAGGGGAGUGAGUUUGAGGUGACAGGCGUUUUGCAACGACCGCCUCGGAUCUUGACCAAUGCUAUCAGCAAGAUACGGUCGGACCCAGACAUUGGAGUCGAUGCACUGAACCCACAUCUUACUAGCAUAGUCGAGUCGCUCCCAGCAUAUGGUAACCCAGGUCAAGAACUCGACGUGCUCUCCCGCGCCGCUUGUACUCGCAGGACAUGCAAGCCUGACUGUACCCACCUUGAGCAACGCCUCCCACGAUUAACGGCAGAGCCUAUGAUUCACUAUGGCCUUGUAGCAUCAGGAAAUCGCGUGGUCAAAGACGCAACCCUGCGAGAUCAGCUGUCCCGCAAGCAUGGGGUGCUAUGCUUCGAGAUGGAAGCUGCUGGGGUAAUGAACAGGGCAGGUUGCCUUGUGAUACGAGGGAUAUGUGACUACAGUGAUGCCCAAAAGAACAAGAUCUGGCAGAACUACGCUGCUGCUGUGGCCGCAGCAUACACUAAGCUUUUGCUCAGUGCAGUGGCGGUCAACAAUGACCUUGGCGGUGGUAAUGUGAGAAUGGAUGGUGAGCCUAUGUUUAAGAAGCGGAGGAUGAAUAGUGGCAAUGAAGGAUGGGACUAG